AUGCUACGAAUUCUAACGCUGUUCAAUACGGCUAUUCUAAGGUCCUACAGAAUCGUCACCUGUGGAGUGACAGACACUGCUCCUAUCUUGCCUUCGCCUUCCAGCUUCUCAGCCCAAUUGCGAAAGGCCAAUGGCACAAGAAGCAUGAAGCGAGCCAGUCCUGCCAAACCUCGCCCCAAACUUCCAGACUAUUGCGACGUUGAGCCCAAGCGAGAUGAGACUGGCAAGGCUAUAUGGCCUGCACCAGCAGAAGCCAUGGAGAAGGCCAGGGCACUCAUCAGAGAAUGUGCGGCAAGUGGCAAAAAGACCUUGAUCGUGCCCGACAAAGAUGCCGACGGCCUAUCGUCUGGAGUCACCCUCUAUCGUACUCUGACGAUACUGGGCCUCGACGAGUCUCUGAUCGACGUACAUCUAGUCCAGAAAGGAUCAAACAUCCACGUCCAAUCCGAGAGAGAAGCCAUGGCGGCCAAAGACCCAGCUUACAUUUUUGUCCUAGACCAAGGAUCGGUGGCAGGACCUCCGGUCGUCGACUCCUCGGCGACAAAGUCUCUCAUAAUCGAUCAUCAUCUAAGCGAUCAUUUCCCCGAAGGCGCCGAGGUGGUCUCUGCAUGUCAUUAUCCGCCCGUGUCGACAACCUCCCUUCUCAUAUACGAGAUAUGCAAGACACUUUCAGACGACAUCGAAUCUGCUUGCGCAUAUCUUGCCUGUAUUGGAACACACGGCGAUUUGGGCAAUACCCUGAAGUGGUUACCACCAUUUCCCGACAUGAAGGAGACUUUCAAGGUUCACACCAAGAAGUCCAUCAAUGACGCCGUCUCUCUUGUGAACGCUCCUCGCCGCACCUCGAAAUACGAUGUCAUCACCGCAUGGACAGCCUUGCUCAAUUCGACGGAUCCGAAAGAUCUUCUGAGCAAUGGUCGGCUCCAGAGUGCUCGUGCCGAAAUUAAUGAAGAGGUCGAGCUCAAUACCCAUACACCGCCAAAAUUCAGUUCCGACGGCCGUAUUGCAGUUCUACGGAUCAACACACCGGCUCAAGUGCACCCGGUCAUCGCUACGCGAUGGGCUGGGUACCUCAAUUCAAAAACCCUGGAAAUAGUAAUUUGUGCAAAUUUUGGAUACCUGUUGAACAUGGUCAAUUUCUCCUGUCGUAUUGCUCGCAGUGCCAGAUCUCGGGAUCCGCCAGUCAAUAUCAUUGAAAGUCUCAAAGCCGCAGCAGACCUCUCAACGGAUGGUCUUAGAGAACGACUUGGCGAAAGCUUUGCAAGAGGCCACAAAGAAGCCAGUGGAGGCGUCGUGCCUGUUGCAGCAUUUGAGGAAUUAAUGCAACUUCUCAAGAUAGGCGAGAAGCCUGAGAAGAAAGAUGGAGACGAGGAGCCGAGGCCCAAGAAGCUCAAACCACUAGAAAAGAGCCCACAAAAGAACACGCUCGGAAAUUAUUUUCGCAAAGCCUGAGACGGGAGUGUAUCUCAUCGCUCGGAAUCAGCAAUCCUCGGCCGAACUGUCGUGCCAGCUUGAGCUUUAUUGAGAAUUGAAAACUGUUGGCGCAGCUCCGACAAUACGAGGGGUAGCGACUCCUCGAGAACCUGGUUCAGUCUCCAUUGGAGUUCCAACUCGUAUCCGGCGCCAAAAAGAGGGAUUGCCAUUCUCUCGGCCAGCCUCGUGGGCGCCUCCUGCUCGGCAAAUGCAGUGAACUCACUCACAAUUCGGCCCGCCAGCAGAGUCUCGGUGCAUUCCACAUAUGGGUCAUCAGGAAGUCGCGCCCCUGGAAACAGUGUCUUGAAAAUUGAAAACCACGCUUCAGCGCAAUUCUCUCCAACCUUACGUCUCUUGACGGCUUUACACUGGUCCGGGUCCAUCUUUUCCUCAAAGGGACAAUCAACGAUCAGACAGGACCUUUCACGCUCGUGAUGUGAGCGGUUCUGCUCGCUGUCAAAUUCUUGGAAACACGAUGAGCAGUAGUGGUCGGGCCUCUUGUGGACACGAUAAAGGUGCUGUUUCAAUCGAGGGAUAUUCGUAAGAAUUUUACUAGCGCAUUUAUGGUAGACCAUUUCUGUUGGAUUGGUGUUGCGUUCAGAAUAUCUGAAAGGAUCAUUCUUGGCGUAUGGACAGGCCAGAAGCUUUUCUGUCGAAGCAACCCCUGGAUCAUUCUCAUCACAACGCAUUCUUUUCGGGCCUCUCUUCUUGUCCUCAGGGUCCUCGUCCUCAAUCUGGCGUGAUUUAGUCCUUGAUAGAGAGCAUGAACUGUAGCUCGUGGCGCUUGAGG